CGUAACUAAUUCAUCAUCAUAUUAUGUAAAGAGAGAGAAAGAGAAAGAGAGAGAGAGAGAGAGAGAGAGAGAGAGAGAGAGAGAGACGAGGACGAAGACGAAGGAGGAGAAUGGGAAUGCGAAAGCAUUACAGAGGCGACACGAGCAUCCCGAUCGAGGAAUGGGAGAACCAAGAGGGGCGUAGGUUCAACCUCACGUCCACUGCGGCGGCGGCGGCGGCGCCGUCGAGUGGCGGUAGGGCUGCGGAGAGGAUGAAUCUCCCGAAUGCGCCGAUCCAGAUGAGCUCAGCCCCUCCGAACCCGACCCCACCUGCAGCCGCCGCGGCAGCCUCAGCCUCCUGGUGUGGCAUCCUGGCCGCGCAGAUCGCCAAGCUCCUCUUCUUUGUCCACCUCCUCGCAUUCGUCAUCCUCGUCGUCUUCCUCUUAGUCCACGGCUUCCGCCACAGGAGCAGCACCUUCCAUGCAAACCAUUGGUUCGUCCCCCUUCUCACCUCCAUCGCCGCCUCCUCGGUUGCCUCACUCCUCGUCCUCCUCCUCACCCUCCGCUUCCCCCGCCUCGCUCUCAAGAAUUCCCUCUGGCUCUCCCCGCUUCUCAUCUUCGGCUUGGCCUUCCUCCUCCUUGGCAUUGGCACGAGCCAGGGCCUUGCCUUUGCCGUGCUUGCUCUCAUACUGGCACUCGCUGAGGCCCUCUACGCCUGCUGGAUCGUCCCGCGCCUCCACCAUGCCUAUGAGGUCCUCUCCGCAUCGAUAUCCGCCGCGCAGGUCCCUCCCUCGACUGCUGCCUAUGCCUCCCUCACUGUCCUCGCAGGCGCCUCCUACGCCGCGUUCUGGACCCUCGGCGUGGGCGGGGUUGCCGCUGACGAUGACUCCCGCUUUGGCCCGCUCUACGUGGUGGUACUGCUGCUGAACCUGGCGUGGACGAUGCAGGUGAUCAAAUACCUCGCACACGCGGCUGUGGCACGCCUUGCCCACGCACGCCUCGCGCCAUGGGGAGAGAUUGAAGAGGGGCCUGGGCAGGCGUUUUGGGAGGUGACGACACAGGCGCUGGGCGACGUGUGCUUGGGGGGCACGGACGAGUUCCUGUUCUCAUGCACGGCAUGCUGCGCAGGGGUGGCGGAGGGGAUGGUGACACGGGGGAACCGGUGGGGGUUUGUGCACAUCGGUGCCUACAGGAAGGGCUUCGCCCAGGCAUCGUGGGACGUGUGGGACAUGUUUGCCAGGAAGGGGAUGGGCCGCCUCGUCGACCGCGACAUCACCGGGUCGUUCUGCUUUAUGUGCGGAACUGCCGGGGGUUCAACAGCUGCGCUGGUGGCCGGCUCCUGGGUGCUCGCGCUGGACAAGCAGCUCGCAGGGGCGGCCGCCGUCUACCCCAGCCGGAUUGCUAUGGCGUGGCCUCAGGCUUGCGUCGCGGCAUACCACGUCGUCUAUGCAGAGAACCCACACAACCGCCGCCUCGGCUCAUCGCUGACGGACCGCAUCAGGGAGCUGGAACUCUCUCCCGAUUGAUCUCCCAAGUCCAAACGAAUACUAAUUUUCAUUGCAUAGAGUUCAAAAUUCUACACAACAGUCUCUAAUUGCAAAUUUUUUCCCAACAAGCAAAGCCUAACCUGUAAAUACUGCAGAUUACUCUCCUUUUCUCCAAUCCUUUCCCAAGGAUUGGAUUGCUACUCAGACAUUCUAAAAACAUUGAUACAUGCACAGAUAUUAUACUUUUCGACUGUAAAUGGUCAUAAUACUACAAAACAAUUGAAAGAUUUUGUUACUUCUUGACUCUUGCGACAUCUAAAUGUAGAGUGCUUGGUACUAAUUCUCUUUUCUUUUGGUGGAAACAUCAGUGUUACCUGAGGUUACUCGAAACAAUAAGAUAUAAGUUGGCAUGAAUGGCG